CGCCGUCAAAGAAGGAAGCAGCCCAUGUAAACACGCAUGAGUUUGUAGCUGCUAGCUGACAGACACUAAUGUAAAUUAAAUCAUCUACGUUUCACUGUGGAAAUGGAGCGAAGCGUGGAGACAAGCUCAGCUAUUGUAGCUCUGGGGUACCCUGGCGGCGGCUCGUGCCUCAGGCGGUGCAGGUGUGACGAGCUCCCCUGUCCGCUGCUCAGCUGGCUGUCCGCGGAGCUCACGGCUGUGUGCCCGGAGCUGACAGACCUGAAGGGGGCAGGUGACGUCUUGUUGGUGGAAGAGUUGAGAAAUUUGCUGUCCAACCUGUUCUCUCCCCUGGCUGUUCUGACCUGUGAUGUGCUGGAGCCGUCCACCCUCACCAGGAUCACUGACUUCCUUGUGUCAGAGUUGCUUGCAGCUCGUAUAAUCAAGGAGAAGGAGCUGCAUCCUGAGGAGAAGUCGACAGGUGGAGAAGAAUCGGCCAAAGAGCAGCGAGUCGAGCAACAUAACUACGAUGAAUUGUAUCAAGAAUGCAAAGACGGCGCAGACGCGGACCGGAAGGAGGCGCAGAUGCAGGCGGAAUGGAUUUUACUGCUGCGUGCUCUUGGUUUGGACGCCUCUUCUCAGUUUGAAGAUGUGCAGAACGAGGUGAAGUCGAGGCUUGUUCGUCUACCAGGUGGAGACAUGGCAAGCCCUCUUCUGAGCAGCAGCCUGAGUGCAGAGCAGUGGACGGCGCUGCAGAAGAUCAAUGACACUCUGUCUGUGGAUUAUCAGUGUCGGCAACAGAUGAUGAUUAAACGCUUUCAAGUUACGAUUGAGUCAUUUUCGUGGGGAGAAAAAGCAAAGGAGCACAGCGCUGCUCUAGCCUCAGUGCCAUCUCUUUUGUCCUUCACCGGAUCCUCCCAAGUGUCCCCGUCGCUGCUGCUGGCUGCCAGAGAAGAUCAGUCCUUCAUUGAACCAAUAAAAGCUGGGAAGACUACCGCCGUCUACAAGACAUUGAUGGGCGGCGUCCCGGACAGAGGAGGACGGCCCGGGGAGAUUGAGCCUCCCAUGCCAACAUGGGGAGAACGAAGAGCACAAGGAGGCAGAGGAGGAGGAAGAGGAGGAAGAAGUGACCAGUAUAAGCACCGGAAGAAGAAGGGGAAAAAAGAGUAGCCUGUCUAUCUUUAUUGGCUUUACUAGUUGAUUUUCUUUUUCUUCUUUAUCUAAAAUCUUGGUGAGAAAUAAGGUCAUAGAAUGUUGCUUGUAACAUACUUAUUAGUUAUAAAUGGAUGCAUCAUUUCUACUUUACAUACCUCAUUGAGUACAUCUCUGAAGUCCUGUAAAGCUAUUAAUUGGUUAUUUUGGUAAAAGAGCAGAUUUUUCUAUUUUUUUUAUGUGAAAGAACAGAAGAGAGAGAUAAAACCAUAAUUUUUUUUAUUUGUUGGCUUGUAUUUGAAGAUGGGUUUGUCUUAAAUAAAAUGCGAGAACACAGA